CGGGUAAAUUAAAAUGCGCUAUAUGUAAGGUCCGUAUGAAGUGGAGUUGGCAGAUGCGGGCACAUAUGCAGAGACUACAUAUUUCUGAGUUCAAAUGUAAGCUCUGUCCACUGGUAACAAGAAGUAGGCAUGUAGCUCUCACGCAUACUAAGUUCCACGAGGUCCAGAAGUACAUUUGCUCUCACUGCGGGAUGCAUUUCGAGAAUGAACCGACAAUGUUGAGUCACGUGCGCCUCAAACACAUGUCUGACUGUGUUUGUGAGCUGUGCGGGUAUACCUUCGUCGGGGACAACGGAGUGCGCGCUCACAAGCGGUUGAAACAUAAAUUCGACGACAAAAAUCAGCCAUUUGAAGGUCCGCACUGCAAAGUCUGUGAUGUUAAAUUCUUAAAUCAGGAAGCGUACGACAAACAUCUGCAACUGUCCUCUAAACAUUUAAAGAGUGAUGGUUACCACAAUCGCUCCGCUGAUUCUAAUCAGCGAAGAAAAUAUAAGAACGAUGAUGAGGGAUUUCACAUUAUGACUUGUGAAGAAUGCGGCGUAAAGGCCGCCGGAGUCCGAGGAUACACGCGUCACUUCCGCGACGCCCACCCGGGACUGGUUCCCGCGCAGUGCCACACACACGACGCUCCCUACAUGUGCGAGCAUUGCGGGAAGAUGUUCACGACUGUAUAUUUACUUAAAGGUCAUAUGUGGGUACAUACUGGAAAGAAAUUAUUUCAAUGCGAUAUCUGCAACAAAAGUUUUACAGCGAAGCUCACAUUAAAGGAACAUAUUAUGCGACACGAGUCAAAACACCAGAACCACGAGUGCCUGCUCUGUGGGAAACAGUUUGUUAACAAAUCUAAUAUACUGAGGCAUUUUCGUGUAGCACAUGAAGGGGUAAGGCGAUUCAAAUGUCAUGUGUGCGACAAAUCGUUUGCCAGUAAGGUAGAAAUGACGGCGCAUGUGAACCAUGUCCAUUUAAAUAUACCCAGGCCAAAACGUAUUAGACGGAGACCUAAGAAAUUAUUGAAAUAAUCGUUUAGAAAAAAUGAACUUUAAGCGAACUGUAACAGGGUUUCCUAUUCCAUGAUACAAUAAUAUAUAUAUUUUUUUACGGAGGAAAAUCAUCGAAUGGCUUCUCCCGCCUGGGUGAGG